AUUGUCAGUUGCAGCUACCCCCCUACAGGACGCUGGGUUAUUAUCGCCUAUAUAAGCAAGACGAGCUGCAAACAUCUGUGGCUUCCAAGAAGCCAGCACGCCACUUCGCUCAUAACGAUUGUCUGGUAGAAAAUACAUGUACACAGAUUAUAAUAUAUAUUAAAUCAUGGCUGCACCCAAUCAAGUCCCUAAACUUUAUAAGACAGUUGUGGACGAUGUAAUAACCAGUGUACGGGAAGCCUUUUUGGAUGAAGGUGUCGAUGAACAGAUUUUGCAAGAAUUACGACAGUCCUGGGAAAAUAAAAUGAUCCAAUCAAAAGCUGUUGGUUCAGUAACAGAAGAACACGUUUUCUCCGGUCCUUACGCUGUGGCAACACAAUCACAGACAAUUGCUGGAAAACAGAAAGUAAUGUCAAAUCAGUUAACUCAAGCAAUAUCAGUCCCAAUUCAAAUAACUCGUCCUGCCGGUACUACAGAAUUGAGUACCCCUGCUCAGACAGCUGCUAUGGCUCUCACAACUGGAUUGUUCCAGCAACAAUUAGCUGCAGGUAUUUCUCUGCAACCAUCUGCUAAUAAUCAUUUUAUCACAGUAACUAACAUUCCACAACAAGCUGUUCAGUCAUCACCACAAGUUGCCACGGCAACCAUCACAGUUCCCAAUGCAAACACACUCGUUCAUAAUCAAGUACACACCACUGCUACUGUUUCUGCUCCAUCCACCCAAGUCCUGCACCCCACAGUAAAUGCUUCAACGCCAACUAGCAUAAUUCAGUUUGAUGGGGCAGCUGACACAAGUUCUGAAGAUGAAGAUGAUUACGAAAACGAUGAGAAUGAAGAUGAGGAGGAUGAGGCUGCAAAUGAAGAAGAAGUCGAAACUGGAGGUGUUGAAGAGGAACCUUUGAAUUCCGAAGAUGAUGUUAGUGAUGGAGAUGUUACUGAUUUGUUUGACACAGAUAAUGUCGUAGUAUGCCAGUAUGAAAAGAUUCAUCGAAACAAGAAUAAAUGGAAGUUCCAGUUAAAAGACGGAAUUAUGAAUCUCAAUGGAAAAGACUCUGUAUUUCAAAAAGGUGUUGGAGAUGCUGAAUGGUAGUUGUCUGUCGAAGUUGCAAGAAGAGAUGUUCAUGAAAUAGAAUUUACUUCCACGGAAAACUGUGCUUGACAUUGUUUGUAAUCAACUGCUAAGUCAAUCAUCCUCUAAUUUGUGUGUGUGUGUGUGUAUAUAUAAAUAUGUAUAUAUAU